AUGCACGCCCAAACUUUGGUUCUUGGCCUCCUAGGCCAGGCUGUACUUCUCCUUGCCGCCCCCCUCAAGCCCAGAGCAGUCAUUGAAAGGCGUAAUGACCUCGACAACAUCCAAGCAACCCUCGCACCAAUCUUCGCCUCGCUUCAAAACGUCGAUGUUGCAGUCCUUGGCCUUGGCACUCCCGCCUCAGCAGCCAACUUACUUGCCGCCUCUCAACAAGUCCAGGUUUCCCUCAACCAGGCCACCGUGAACGUCCGAGCCAUUGGAGACCUUUCCGCCGCCAAAUCCCUCAAACUGCGCCAAACAACAGACAGCCUUGCCUCCCAGACAAGAAGUACACUCAAUGACCUGGUUGCUCGGAAGCCUAUCCUCGACCAGCUUGGCGUUAGCAAUGUUGCCCUACAGUCCCUCCAACAGCAGCGGGUCGCUACCAUGUCGCUGAGUCAAGCACUAGCCGAAAAGGUCCCCAGAGUCGGACAAAAAGAUGCCACAGCAGACCAGAUCAGCCUGCAGGCUAUUUUCAACCAGGCAAUCGCUGCUUUCUCUAUUCCUGCGACUCCCGGCGCUGCGGUUCCCGCCCCCGCCGUCCCCGCCACUACUCCUCCAAUUAUGGCGAUAGCUGUACCGCCUCCCCAGAGGAAAUCUUCCACCCGUCGCAAGGAUAAGAAGAAGGCAAAGAACAACAUGGUCGAUGGCGUUGCCCUAGCUUAG